AUGCCUGAAGAUGCUCCCAAAAUUCUCGUAAGGCAUCAAGACGCCGAGGCAUUUGUCGGUGCGCUUCUCGAGGCGACCGGAGUAUCAAGAAGGAACGCCGGCAUCGUCGCCCGCGCAUUGGUUCAAGCCGACCUGCGAGGAGUCGAAAGCCACGGCAUCAACCGCAUUCCAUCUUAUCUUGCGCGUAUCCAGAAUGGCGUUCUGGAUCCGAAAGCCGAGCCCCAGCUGACCUCGGUCACACCGGUUGUUGCUCAGGUCAACGGCAACAAUGGCUUCGGCUUCCCAGCCGCCCACUGCGCCAUGGAAGCCGCCAUAUCCAUGGCCCAGACCUUCGGCAUCGGCAUGGUCACCGUCAAGCACAGCAACCACUUCGGCAUGUCCGCCUGGAUCGUCCGCCAAGCCAUCGACGCCGGCAUGAUGAGCCUCGUCUUCACCAAUUCCUCCCCAGCUCUUCCCGUCUGGGGAGGAAAGUCGCGGCUGAUGGGUGUUUCACCCAUCGCGUGCGGCGCGCCCGGCGGCGAGAAUUCCAUCCCCUUUAUCCUGGAUAUGGCGCCCUCGGUGGCGGCACGGGGCAAGAUCCACAAGGCGCUGAGACGGGGCGAGAAGAUCCCCCUGGACUGGGCCUUGGAUAAGCACGGCAGGCCGAUUGAUGACCCCGAGGAGGCUCUCAAGGGGUUGAUGCUGCCGAUAGGUGGGCCGAAGGGGUCGGCAUUGGCUAUCAUGAUGGACGUCUUUUCGGGUGUCUUGUCCGGGUCGGCGUUUGCGGGAGGCGUCGCGGGGCCGUAUGACAUGUCCAAGCCGGGUGAUGUUGGCCACUUUAUCGUUGCCAUCAAGCCGGACCUCUUCAUGAGCCUUGACGAGUUCAGGCAGCGCAUGGAUGUGCUGUAUCAGCGAGUUGUGGGUUCGGAUAAGAUGGAAGGCGUCGACCGGAUCUACUUCCCCGGGGAGAUUGAGCAGUUGACAGAGGAAAAGCGACUGGAGGAGGGGAUCCCUUUCGUCCAGGCUGAGGUUGAUGCGCUCAAUGCAGAGGCAGAGCGGCUAGGAGUAGCAAAAAUCCGCCAAAUUGUCUCGUGA